UUAGUAUAUAAAAUUGUAUUGAAAAUAACUCGGACUAAAAAGUACAAAAAAUAUUUUUAUUUAGAAACAACAUCAGUCAACAAGAAGAAAUACAUCAUCUUGUAAAAAUAAAAGUUACUAAGUUACCUUCAAAAAUAUCAACAGCCAAACUUAUAAAAACAAAUUGUGUGUGGUGUAAAAAUAAUAUCUUUAACAACAAACCUUGAAAAAAAAAUAAUGAAUUAAAAAAAAAGAAAUAUCUAAACUAAAAUAAACUUACAAUAAAAUAACUAAAAAGACCAAAAAUGACUAUUUGAUUUUAAACAUAUAAAAACAAAUUUCAAGAUUCGUCUCUGAAAAAAAAAUAUUAAAAUAAAAAAAAUAAAAGAAAAUGUAAUCAAACAUCAUAAUAACAUUUUUGAGUUUCUCGUUUUUUAUACUAACACUCAAACAAAAAACAAAUUGGUAAACUAACAAAAAUCCACACAAUUUUUGGUAAAUAUAACAAUUUAGCAGAAAUAGUUAAAGGAAAAAAAAUCAAAAUUUACAGAUACAAAUAUCAGAAAUAUCCUGGACUAAAAUAUUUAUCAACUGAGUUCAUUUUAUUAUGAAAAAAUAAACGAAUAAACAACACAUUUGUUUAAAUAUUUGGAAACUUUGACAAAAUACAACAAGACAAAGCAAAAUUCAGAAAAAUCGCAGAUACUUUCAUUACAACAACAACAAAACAUCGAUAAGAUUCAUUCAUUAAAAUUGUGUCACUGAUGUUGGUUCUAUUAGUGAAUGGAAGGGGAAAUAUAAGGCAGGGUUACGAACGUCGUCUUCAUCAAAAACGAAACUAACUAGCGGCAGUUCGUACAGCUGGUAGACAAUUGUGGCAUACGACUGGGGCCCGACGAAAAUUUACGAAGAUUCAACAAACACGAAGCUCUACGCGUAUAGAGACAAGGAAAAAACCGUCGUAAUCGCUGCAUAGCACAGAAGAUUUGUAGGGUGAGGAAAAGCGGAGAAGGGAGAAUUUCUCUCCCACUUCUUUUUAAUGGUCUUUUACGACCAAUAAAGUGCUGGUGUUCUUAUGAUGUCAUCAGAGGAGGAAUCGGAUAUUAAUAAUUCAUCUUACGAUUUGCUAUACGACAGUGUCGGUGAUAAUAAGCCAGCAGUUCAACUACAACAGUUGAUAAAGAAACAACAAUUCGGUAUUUGUAAUAACAUUAACAGUAGUUUGCUAGAAAAGCAACGUAGUCGUCAACGUGUGGACGCGGGUGAACCUCGUAACAGUUAUUCUUCAAUUCCCAACUUUAGUUCAAGAUCGGCAGCCUUCAUGAACGGAGGUUUGUACGGGGCUAUUUUUAGCCAACAUCAAAAUAAUAGUGGUGCAAGUACUGCAGUGCAACAGCAACAAGCAGCGAAUUUUGGCUCACUUUUUGGUCCCACUGGAUAUGGACCGGCCAAAAUGCUGAACGAUUUAUUGCAAGGACGAACGCAAAUGGUGAAGCAAGAAAAUUUAAUGAUUUCACCAAAUAAUUUAAACAAUAAUAUUGGAAGUGGUUCUGAACAAUCUUUAUUAAGUGCAAAUAAUAAUACAAAUAAUAUUAUUGAUGGACAAGCAACAUUAAAAGACUCUUCUGAAAACAAUUCAUGUAAUAAUAACAGUGUUGUAACAGCAAAUAGUUUAGUGAAUAAUUCAACAAUGGACGCAACAGCAGGAUUAUUGUUAGAAGAAGCAGCUGCGCAAGCUACUAAUGACUUGGCGCAUCAUAUGCUUCGAAAUAUUUUGCAAGGGAAAAAAGAAUUGCAACUAGCGAUUGAUCAAGAGCUGCGUAAAGUAAGUGCUCAAAGUGGCUCUGGUGCAUGCUCCGAACGUAACUCACCAGAUAAUAAUAACACAAUUUUAAACAAAAAUAACAAUUUGACCAACAACAACAACUAUGACAAAAGUACGGAUAAUGCGCUUACAAAUACCAACAGUCCAAACAACUUAAAUUCAACAUCUGCUGAAAAUACUAAUCAAAGUGAUGUGAAUAGUAAAAACAGUGAAAAUAAUAGUUGUAAUAAAAAUGUCAGUAAUAAUUUGAAUAGUAGUAGUGAUGCUGAUGAUAAAAACACUAAAAAUAGUUCAGAAGAUGCAAAUUCAAACAAAGAAAAUAACAAUCGAGACACAAAUAUUCCCGUUCCAAAACAGGAACAAAUUGAUUUAAAUGAAGACGAUAUGGGAAUAAACUCCGUUGAUUCCGACAAUUCUCUAGACUCGCCGAUUUCCAAUCAUGCGACCGAUGGGAAAGACGAUAUAAUGGAUGUGGAUUCUGACAAAGGUGAGAACUCUCCAAGUCCCAUUCUGUCGGGUAACAAGCCUGAAAUGGAUCUCAAAAGAGCUCGUGUCGAGAAUAUUGUAUCAUCAAUGAGAGCAAGUCCGUCUUUAGGUGCUUCGAAUCAGGCACAAGUAAAUGGAUGUAAGAAACGAAAAUUGUAUCAUCCUCAACAACAUGAUAAUACAAUGAUGGAGAGAUAUGCUGCGGCUGCAGUUGGCUUAAACUUGGGUUUGAAUUUUCACAAUUUCAUGAUGAACAAUAACUCAUCUGGACCCAAUUCAGGUGAUGACGACGACGAUGAAGACGUUGAGCCACAAGAUAUUCAUCGAAAGCGUGUCGAAAAAAGUAUGCUAAAGUCACAAUUAAAAUCUAUGCAAGAUCAAUUGGCAGAAAUGCAACAAAAGUAUAUGCAAUUAUGCACGCGAAUGGAUCAGACUAGUGAUACACCCGACAUUGAUGAAAAUUCCAGUGACAUUGUGGAAGAUGACAUGAACAAUGAGGUGUUAAAUAAACGUACUUCCCCAUUGACGAAGCUGCCAAUGGACAGUCCACUCAAGGAUAUGAAUCAAAAGCCUACCCCUCCAACGUCAAAUAAUCUUUCACAAUUAAUGAGCAAAAUGAUGUCCGCAAAAAUGCAGGGACACUUACCACCUCAUUUGCCACCCCAAUUUAAUGGCCAACUUCCGUUUCUACAGCAUUUACAACAGCAACAAGCAAUGCACGACGCUGCAGCCAGCCUACAGCAAGGUGGACAUGAAAACCCUUCGAGUCUUCAUGCUGCCGCUAUGUACCAAAAACUCAUUAUGGAGCAACAUGCGAGAAGAGCUAAGGAAGCAGUUGAGCAACAGCAACAAGAAAUUUUAAAUCAGCAAAGAGAACAACAACAGCAACAAGUCCAAAUGAACAGUAUCAGUGUGAAUUCCCAAACUAAUAUGAGUUCAAAUGUACAAAGUUCUGGACAUAGCCAACAACCGAAUCAACAAAGUCCAAAUCAAAACCAAAUUGGUGCGCAAGGCAACAAUUUACAACAACAACUUUCCAAAGGACCAACGGAAUUAGCUGAGCGGUACAACUUAAUCCGAAACAACAACAUUCCAAGAAUUUCGGGCAACGAUCUCGAGGAGUUAGCUGAAACUUUGAAACAAGAAAUAAGCACGUCAUUAACUAACUUAGUGGAUACCAUUGUAAAUCGAUUUAAGCAACAGUACAAAUUCUUAGGGAAAGCCAACGAACGUGCUGUAGCUGCAAGUGAGCAAUUUAGUAAAGACUUGAUGUUAGCUUCUCAACUGUUGGACCGGAAGUCUCCCAGAACAAAGGUGCAGGACAGAAGUAACAGUGCUGGAAAUGCUGCAAACAAUAAUCAAAAUUCAGGUAAUAAUGGUUCAAAUGUCUCAAAUAAUCAGGCAAUAAUGAAUAACUCUCCCUUGUCUGGUAAUAACACUAAUAACAAUCCAAAUAAUACUAACAUGAAUAAUCAAAAUGGUCCACGCAUGAAUGGAACAGUAUUUCCCGUACCGCCACACGGUAUGGGAAUGUCAUCAGUUCAUGUAAAUGGGCCAAAUUCCCAUGAUACACCAAAUAUAAAUGUAAUUAAUAAUAUGGCACCUCAUAUUCGUCCCCCGCCAGCUGCUGCAAUGUUUCAACCACCGAAACCACCACAGGGCAUGAGUCCUGUAACUGCUGCUGCCUUGUACAACUCAAUGGCUAAUCUAGGAAAUCCCAAUAAUCCAAAUCCGUUCUGCCUUCCAGAGCCACGUGAAACAACUCGAGAGGAACAAAAUGAGGCCCUUAGCUUAGUUGUCACACCAAAGAAGAAACGUCAUAAGGUAACAGAUACGCGGAUUACUCCUCGCACCGUGAGUCGCAUAUUGGCACAAGACGGCAUUGGUGCAUCGACAAACCAUAUUGCAAGCGACAGCAACAGUCAGAAUAGCGGUAACAAGCAGUUCAACGCCAGUCAACCGACACCAACAAGCCAAGCACCGAGCCAGGUGUCCGCAGAAAGCCCUUCUCCUCGUCAAUCAUAUCACCCACCAACAACGUCAAUGCUACCAUCGUUGCCGACCUCGGUAGCUAUUCCGAAUCCGUCGUUGCACGAAUCAAAGGUAUUUUCGCCGUACAGCCCGUUCUUUAAUCCGCAUGGCCCCCAGCCAUCGCAGCUGCAUCACAUGCACCACAUGAGUGCAAGUCCGCCAGGUGGUCUCGGAAAUAUGAUGGAUCCACGAGAUUCGCCUCCACUACCACAUCCCCAAACAAUGCUUCAUCCUGCCUUACUAGCUGCUGCUCAUCACGGUAGCUCUCCAGACUACAGUCACAUCAGGGCAGCUAUGGAUGCAAAUGACAGGAACUCGGACUGCAAUUCGGGUGACAUCUCGUAUGACGGAAUGCAACCUACAAUAUCCUUUUCAAAAAAUCAAUUAUUAAACAACUAUUUAUUGAAACAAACGCAACAACAUAUGCUGAAGGAACAAAGCAAUAAUAACAAUUUACAAAAUGAACACGAAUCCAUAACUUCUCUGCACUCGUCAACAUUAACUCCAAUGCAUUUGCGGAAGGCGAAACUGAUGUUCUUCUGGGUGCGAUACCCAAGCUCAGCUGUUCUAAAGAUGUAUUUCCCAGACAUCAAGUUCAACAAGAACAAUACUGCACAGUUGGUUAAAUGGUUUUCGAAUUUCAGGGAAUUCUACUAUAUCCAAAUGGAAAAAUAUGCUCGACAGGCUGUUAGUGAAGGCGUGAAGAAUGUUGAUGAUAUUCAUAUCACAAAUGACAGUGAAAUUUACCGUGUAUUGAAUUUACAUUACAAUCGGAACAAUCAUAUUGAGGUAUGCUGCUUACAGGUACCACCAAACUUCCGAUUUGUUGUUGAACAAACGUUACGUGAAUUUUUCCGUGCAAUUCAAAGUGGCAAGGAUACAGAACAAUCAUGGAAAAAAUCGAUCUACAAAAUCAUUUCACGUCUCGAUGAUCCAGUACCAGAUUACUUUAAAACUCCAAAUUUUUUAGAACAAUUGGAGUAAUAAACGGCUUACUACAAACAUCAAUUACCACCAACAGUCACCAACAACAUCAAAGAGAGGAGGAGUGAGUUGUACCAAAAAUUACGAAAUUUAUUGUAUACAAAAUUUCAUAGUUUAGGCAUACAUAGUUAUUAUUAAAAAUACAUACUAAAAAAAAGCUUAAUUUUAAAGAAUACUCAUUUUCUGAAUUUUGUCAAAAGAAAUGAAAAUUGAGUAUUUAGGAAAAUAAAUUAAAAUUUAAAAGAUUUAACGUUAAAUUAAAUGACAAAAAAUAAUGAAGUAAAAAAAUAUAAAAAUUAUAUUAACAACAUUUUGUGGUUCCUAUAAUGUAGUGUGCUUACGUCCAAAAAGCGACUGCAAACUAUCGACGAUACUCGCGUUUAGGCCUUCAUUUCAAAAAGUACUAAAAUUGUAAAAAAAAAGAGAUGAAAAAGUAUAUAAAACAAAUUUUUAUCGAAAUUUAAGAAAAAAAUUAAAACAAAAUUUUAAUUACAAAAUUAUUUGAAUUUUUGAACUACGAAAGUGAAAUACCGUUUAACGAAAAAAAAAAUGAAAUUUUGCACACAACCGAGUCUUUAGCAUUCAUUAGUCAUUCCUUAUACAAUAUAAAGAUCUAAUAAAGAUCUCUAUAAAAUAUGGAAAGCAUGAAGGCUAAAACAAAAUUAUUAUAUUCUGGAAUCGAUUUUGGCGCUAACAGUUUCAAAGUUAAUACAAAUGAAAAAAAGAAGCAUAAAAUACAGCAAUAACAGGACCCAAUAAAUGAACAGCCACGCAUUAUCACCACAAACAAUCAAUUUUUGUAGAAGAGAACUAUUCUCUCCUUUAUAUUACAAACUAAUUUGCAGAUCAAAUCGGUUGGAUCAACAUAAGCCAAUAACUACAAGAACAUAAAGUCAGUAAGCACGUAACUAAAUAUAUUUAUAUUUUUUACUUCAAUUUAUUACUCAUUUCAAUAUUGUGAACAUCAUUUAAUUUUUUAUUAAAGAAUUGAAAAAUAGAAUCUAAAGCAAAAUAAGGGAUUAAAUUUUGGAUCUUUAUAAUCUAAAGUUACAAUAGCAUAAAAAUUUAGAAGUCAAUGAACUAUCAAGAAAACACUUGACCAAUGUGCAAAGGUUUUUGAGUCUUGGGUCUCAUAUGGGCAUUGGUGUUCGUACUGAGAAAAUUUUAUUAUUUUUCCAUGAAAGGAAAACACUUAAGUUCCAACCUAAUUAAAUGACUACCUGCAUACCAAAAUUAAGUUGGAUUUUCAGAAAUUUGUCAGAACUUUGAGACGUCUCAUACACUUUUUAGAAUAAGUUUUCCACAAAUUUCAAAAAAAGCUUUUAUUCCAACUUUUUCGGGAUGCAAAGUACUUGGGUUGAAUGGAAAUGCCAGAAAUACGAGGAAACAAUACCGUUACUUAAGGCGUUGCUGUAAGUAAUUAAGGCGCAGCUUUGUAUUACUUUUGUAAGACUCAAUAACCGUUGCGAGGGUCACGUGGUUGACUGAAUUCACAAAAAAACACAAUUUUCCCUUUUUUGCUUUCGAUUCAAGGAUAUAGAAGGAUGUCUUAAACAAAAUGUGUAAAAUAAUGAAAUUUUUUCUGAAACAGCUGAAAUAACCAAAAAAAUAUCUUGAUUAGUACAUAUAAUUUUUAUGUUAAGAUAUUAUUCUUAAGAAAUGUAUGUUUUAGUUUGUCUUCACCCAAAGU